AUGGAGAGCCAAUCCCAAUCAGAGGGUGCUGAUAACAACAUAGCCACUGUCAAAGACAUGCGUCAACAGCUCGAAUCACGUGUGCAAAACCAACGCAACUCUCAGCUGGACCUCAUCGCCUCUCUCCAAACCCUAGUCCCCGACAUUGUCUCUUCUCUCGAUCUCUCUCUCAAAGUUAUCUCCACCUUCAAUGCCCGUCCGUACACUCCCCUACCCAAACCCCUCCCAAACCCUAAUCGCGUCCACAAAAAUCCCCAAUUUCUACUGCCAUCAGAACCCGAAAAUACACCGGAAAAGCACUCAAUUCGCCGCUUGGCCGAGCCGAAAAUCAGUAAUUCCAAGAAUUUGCAGAUAAAGAAAUCGCCAGAAGUGGCGGGUCGUCGAUCCGAGAGUGAGAAGUUUGUGGUUGAUGAGAGUGGGAAUCCGUUAGCGGUGGUUCGUUCGAUGGUGGCGGUGUGUCUGUUGGAGAGAGUGCCGUUUACGGCGAUUGACUCUUCGACGGUGUUGAGGAAGCUGGAGAAUGAUCAGUCGGCCACAGCUGCGGAGAAGGCGGCGUUGAGGGAGGUAGGUGGGGAGUCGGGGGCCAUUCUUGCGGUGGAGAUGGCUUUGAGGUCGAUGGCAGAGGAAAAUGGUGGCGUCGAAUUAGAAGAAUUUGUGGUGAGUGGGAAAUCUAGGGUUAUGGUUAUGAAUAUUGAUCGAACUAGGCUUGUGAAAGAAUUGCCGGAAAGUAAACUGAACGAAUCGAGUUUGAAUGAUGGAAAUCGAAUUCAAGAAGUGGCACCGAGUGGUGGUGAUGUUAAUGCUAACGGUGGGGACUUUGGAUUGGGAAAGCUGGUGCCGAGGCCAAUGCAGGAUACGUGGAUGGGACCUGGACCAGGGGACCCACAUUUCCCGAUGUUUUCAGGAGGUGGAGGGCCGGGAGGAUUGAUGAUGGGGCCAAGAGGUGGGCCGAGAGGGAUGGUGGGGAUGAUGGGAAUGCCCAGAGGGAUGAGUGUUCCUCCUCCAAUGCAUAGACCUCCAAUGGGGCCAAUUGGUGGAUCACAUGUGAUUCCUUUGAAGCCCAGGAGUGAGGAGGAUGAUCUGAAGGAUCUCGAGGCUUUGUUGAACAAGAAGUCUUUCAGGGAAAUGCAGAAAUCGAAAACCGGAGAGGAGCUUUUGGACCUUAUUCAUCGGCCCACUGCUAGGGAAACAGCUGUCGCUGCAAAGUUCAAAAGUAAAGGCGGUUCCCAAGUGAAGGAAUACUGUUCAGCCUUAACGAAACAAGAUUGCCGACGUCAAUCUGGUUCCUAUAUUGCCUGUGAAAAGGUUCAUUUUCGGCGCAUAAUUGCUCCCCACACUGAUGUCAAUUUGGGGGACUGCUCUUUUCUGGACACCUGUCGUCACAUGAAGACAUGCAAGUAUGUCCAUUACGAGCUUGACUCAACACCAGAUGUUCCACCUGCAAUGAUGGGAGGUAAUGCUUUACCUCCUCCAAAGCCACUGAAGCCUCAGCGCGCCGACUAUUGUUCAGAGGUAGAGUUAGGUGAAGCACAGUGGAUUAACUGUGAUAUUCGUAACUUUAGGAUGGACAUAUUAGGGCAGUUUGGUGUUAUAAUGGCUGAUCCGCCAUGGGACAUUCAUAUGGAAUUGCCUUAUGGGACUAUGGCUGAUGAUGAAAUGCGCAGUCUUAAUGUUCCUGCAUUGCAGACUGAUGGUCUAAUAUUUCUAUGGGUCACUGGACGUGCAAUGGAGCUUGGACGCGAAUGUUUAGAACUUUGGGGAUACAAGCGUAUUGAGGAGCUCAUUUGGGUGAAGACCAAUCAACUUCAGCGAAUUAUCAGAACAGGCCGCACCGGCCAUUGGCUUAACCACAGUAAGGAGCAUUGCCUUGUUGGAAUAAAGGGCAAUCCGGAAGUAAACAGGAAUAUUGAUACUGAUGUUGUUGUUGCCGAGGUUCGAGAAACAAGCCGCAAGCCAGAUGAGAUGUACCCAAUGCUGGAGAGGAUAAGUCCAAGGACAAGAAAGCUGGAGUUGUUUGCUAGGAUGCAUAACUGUCAUGCUGGAUGGAUGGCACUUGGUAAUCAGUUGCAAGGGGUACGGUUAGUUGAUGAAGGCCUGCGGGCAAGGUUUAAGGCUGCUUACCCAGAUGUGGAGGUGCAGCCCUCAUCACCUCCUAGAGCAUCGGCCAUGGAAGUUGAUGCCAAUGCUGCUCAGAUAAGAAAUCCAUUUGGGGGAGAUGAAUUGAAGUCCACAGUAACACAGUUUGCAGAUGUCACAGCCCCUGAGGUGGCAUAUAUAUCUGAAGUGAAGCCAAUGAACCUAGAUGUGGAAAUAGCUCGCUGA